AUGCCGCUCUCCCAACACACCGCGCUCCCCCACGUCGCCAACGCCUUCGGCACCAUCUUCAUCGGGUUCGGGGUCAACGCGCUUCUCCGCCCCGAGCAUGCCUUGACCUUCUUCGAAUGGGCACCCCCCACCACACUCCCCGAGCAACAAUUGGUCAAGAGCCUCGUCCACAUCUACGGUGUCCGCGAUAUAUUCAUGGGUCUCGCCAUUUACGCCGCCUCCUUCUACGGGACGCGAAAGUCGCUUGGGUGGACGUUGCUGGCUGGGAGUGCGGUGGCCUAUGCCGAUGGGGCGGUCUGUUGGACAUGGGGGCAGGGACAAUGGGGUCACUGGGGUUAUGCACCGUUGAUCACGGCGGUCGGCGCUGUGCUGGCUGGGCUUUUGGACUGA